UCCCGCGACGGCCGCCCCAGCCCGUGGUGCACCGCGGUGCCAAGAUGGCGGCGCCCAGCGAGGGCCGGUCGGGUCGUGGCGCCUCGCCGUUCCCGGGCACCGAAAGCGGCCCGUUCGCCUUCCCCUUCCCCGUCCCGCACGGCGCCGCGGGCUCCGGGGCAGAGGAGCCGUCCAAGAAGCCGUGCCGAGCCUGCACGGAUUUCAAGAGCUGGCUCCGGGAGCAGAGGAAGCGGGCGGCCCCCGGCGGCGGGGACCCAACAGUUGUGGAGGAGAAAGAGCCACCGCCAGACUGUCCCCUCGACAGCGAGCAGCUGGGCCGUAACACCUGGGCAUUCCUGCACACCAUGGCAGCAUACUAUCCUGACCACCCCACUGGCACGCAGCAGAAGGAGAUGAGUGAGUUCAUCAACCUCUUCUCCAAGUUCUACCCCUGUGAGCACUGCGCUGAGGAUCUGAGGGAAAGAUUACAUACAAAUCAGCCUGAUACUAGCAACAGAAAUAACUUCUCCCAGUGGUUGUGUCGUCUUCAUAAUGAAGUGAACAGGAAACUGGGGAAAUCUGAAUUUGACUGCUCUCGUGUGGAUGAACGCUGGCGAGAUGGUUGGAAAGAUGGUAGUUGUGAUUAAUCCGUAGAGACUUCUUUGGAAAUCUAACAGACCAAUUCAAUCUGGUGUUGUGUCACUACAGAGAGGUGUGUGAGUAAAUAACUGUGUGUUUGCGUGCUUGUGUGUGUGACUAAUAUGGCUUGUGGGAAUAAAGGUAAACCAGUUAUAAAAGUAAAUUUGAAAAUCUUAUCCUAAUAAUAUUUUGAUAAAUGAUUACAUAAAUAUAUUACUUGAGGGAUUGAGGCCUUACAUGUAACACAGGAGUAGUCAGAAAACUGUGAAAUUAAGUCACUGACAAACUCAUGGAGACUUUUUCAUUAUGACAUUUCCUUAUUUUAGGGGCAUUUGCUUAUUUCUGUGACUAGAAUUCGUUUUCCCUGAAUGCGGUUGUAGAGGGCCGCCCUGUGGUAUUUUAUGUUUAUCUACAGGCAUUAUCCUCAUGUUUUAAAAACUGCAUCCAAUUCAUUGUCACUUUUAAUUUCUAUUCUGAUAGAGCAAAUUCAUGCUGUGUUUUGUGCCAAGUCUGUACCCCUUGAUCUCCCUUUCCAGGAUCCCCAAUGCUUGUUGUCAAACUUGCAUCCAGCUCCUUUGAUAAAAGGCCUGAAGGCAGGUACAUCUAAUUUAAAUACUAAAAUCAUGGAACACAGAUCUCACUUUAUUUUUGUGCUUCAACUUACCACGUAAGAGGACAUUGUAGAAAGGGAAACUAAAACGACAAAAAAACCCAAACAAAACCCAACCAAACCUCAUCUGAUGAAUGAAGUAUCAACUGGGUGAAACUCAAAUGUUUUAAAUUGAUUAAAUUGGAUAUAGAUAUGGUAUGAUGAUAAGUUCUACUGAACUACUUACUCCUAAAGCAGACAACCUCUUCAUCUCUGCUGUGAACUUUUGUCAGUUGUGAAUAUAGCUUGAGACUGAUACCUGUAAUGAAGCAUAUUCAGCUUUGUUUAACAUACAGUAUUUCUGAGAUGUCACUUGUGCUUUGAAAUUCUUGAUUGGUACUUGCUGACCUGGUUGAUAUUCUGGUGUUAUCCCCUAGCUAAAAACCUCUCUAGAACAAAAGGAGUUUACAAGCUCCCCCACAGUGUUUGAGUCCUGCUUAAGACUGCGUUGUCAGCUUUACAUAGUAUUUAUUGCACAGGGGACUCAAAGGAGUCCCUGGGGUAGAUUCCCUCUGUAGAAACUGGUCAGAAUCCAUGCUGUGUCUAUUUUUCCUGGUCAGCUAUACUGCAUCGGUGUAUUGAUACAUAAAUGUGAAUUUCAGAUUCAAGUGAAAUAGCAGCAUAAAUGAUUUACACCACAAUGCAUAUAGACACAUCACUCUUUAUAAAGAGACAGCUUACAAGAAAAAAGUCAAAAUAAUUUCAAGUUCUUAAAUUAGUGAUAUCAUACUCUUACUGCAUUUCUGGCUGUGAAAAGUUUGCAGGAGUUUGCACAAACCAUGACAAUAGUAGGCUUUUUCCUUCUGUAAUGCCCGCUCAGGUUUUCUUGCCUGUUUUAGUGAGCUUCCUUAUUUCACGCACUACAGUACAUUUGUAAAUUUAGUCUUGCUGAUAGAGUGUUACCUGGAAAUGUUAAUUGUACUUUUAUAAUAAAAUUAGAGUGAUGACAGCUCCUAUCUAAGAACUUUGAUCUUCAAACCUGCAUGCAUGGGCUCCUUAGUGUUUAGAAAAGCAAUAAGAUCUUUGGAAAUGCAUUUUAAUGUUUUAUGGUGUCUUCAAGUUCUUUCAAGGUGGACCUGUUAAAACAGUACGAGACAAAUUUUAUGGACUGGGUAUUACUGAAGUUUGUAAGUAAUAACGUUCCUAAACACAAAACUGAUGAUAAGGUACUUCAUGAAGUAUGCAAUCUGACUUAUGACUUAAAGGUAUCAUUCAGGUUAUUAAAAGUGCUCAGAAAAUUUCCCUAUUAGCAUGCUGAGGUUCUCAGAACAAAUCAAUUCCAGCCCCAUUUUGGGUUUUUUUUAGUAAUAAACUCAAUCCCCAAAGUGAAGCACACUGGUAUGCACUAGUGUGAAGAGGACCAACAAAAAGGCUGUAGCAUCCCCCCCUUUGUCAGGCCUGACCUAAAUGACGCAGUUCUGUCAGGACAGCUUUAGCGGCUGGGGGUGUGGGCAGGCAUUUUCUUCUGGACUUGGUUGUGUUAAAGGAGGAAUUUACUGUUCUUCCUUUCCAGUCUGCCCUUGACUAUUCUCUGUGACAGUUUCAUCACCCAUGGAGCAGAUGAUGAUAUUUCUUCCUAAUUCACUUCAAUGUAAAUGAGCAGGUUGGUAAAAAGCCUGUCUCAUCCUUUUUCAUCUUCAUACUGCAAAUGGGCCAGGCUGGUGAGCUGCACUUAGUUGUGCAAGCACGCUUGAUCUCUGCUGCCGAGUCCUGGGACCGCUGCUGUCUUGUGGGUUGGUGAUAGGCAGGCGCAUGGUAAUCUUCUACCAUACUUCAGCAUCUGUCCAUGCGUUAAGAGUGUAGAGAGGAAAAUAAACGUGUAUCCUGCUCAAAAUCAUGGGGAGUGGCUGUGGCAAUGCAAAUUUUUUGUCACCUUGUGUUGUUCAAGGAAAAGCCCCUUCUGUCAGCAUAUACUGUUCUGCUGUCCUGGCAGCAGUGCAGGGGUAGGGGAAGAGCCUUAAAGCUGAAGCCAGUGUCUUUAGCAAAUGCUUCCUAAUAAUGAGGCCACCAGCUGUGGCUGCUAGGAUGUUAUUAGGGCAGUUUGUAACUUUGCGAAGUGGCCGCUUGGUAAAAUCCAUGCUUGCACUCUGUUCUCUCGUGUUUAUGGCUUUGCAGAAGAGCUUUGACUUAGAUGUUUCUCAGGCAUAUCAUUAUCUCUGUGGAUGUGACGCUGCGGGGAGGGGGGAUUUUUGUGCUGCUUAUUUGUACCACAUCUGAAGUUUUAAUCUUAUGUAAGAAAUUUCUAUUGAAGAUACUGGUAUUUGUGUACAGAAAAUUGUGAAUUAUCUUCUAAAUGCACUUGAUUAAAUCUAGUUUUAAAAAUAUCUGUAUUAUAUUUCCUGUUGAUGUGAAAAUAAUAAAGCAACUGAGUUCA